AUGCCUCUCACCAACGGCUCCAACUUGAUGUCUCUUCUUCUCCUCUGCGCUUCUUUCCUCCUCCGCACAGCGUAUGCCAACCUGAAAGAUGUUCCGCUGUCCCCGGUCGAGCUCCAAUUUGACAUGGGUGCCGUAGGUGGCGACAAUAUCAAUAUCGAUCAUGUCUACAACCUCGCUGAAGACGAAGCGCCAGCCGGCACCCACCAACACCAGAAGCGCUAUGGAUCUGGCGAGCCUUACUGGUACGAGUUGAUAAAACGACAAGGCAAGGUCAUCUACGGUGUAGAUCCUAACUACGUGCUGUUUCGGAAUGUGAAGGACUUCGGGGCGACCGGCGACGGUGUGACUGAUGAUACUGCCGCGCUUCAGGCUGMCAGUGAAUUCAACGGCCGCUGCGGGGACGUCAACAUGACCUGCACGAGUAGCACCACACAACCCGCAAUCGUCUACUUCCCACCAGGCAUCUACCAGAUCUCCAAGCCGGUCAUCAUGUACUACAACUCCGCGUUCAUUGGCAACCAUAACGAUAUGCCUAUUCUAAGGGCGACAGUUGAUUUUGCCGGCAUUGGUCUGUUGGACGCGGAUCCAUACAUUAUUCAUCAGGAUCAGUACUACCAGAAUCAGAAUAACAUGUGGCGACAAGUCAAGAACUUUGUCUUCGACCUUCGCGACGCUCCGCCUACGAACAUUGUACAGGGGAUUCACUGGCAAAUCGCACAAGCCACAAGUCUUCAAAACCUCGUGUUUGAAAUGGUUCCCGCCACAACUGGCGACGGCAAUCAGCAGAUCGGUAUUUUCAUGGACAAUGGUUCCGGUCUCUUUUUCGAGGACAUCAUCUUCAACGGUGGCCGCUACGGACUGUUUGCCGGAAAUCAGCAGGUCAAUGUCAGAAACUUGACCUUCAACGGAUGCGAGACGGGACUCUUCCAGAAUUGGGGAUGGAUCUUCAGCUACAAGAGUCUGGUGUUCAAUGAUUGCAACAUUGGGAUUGACAUGAGUCAAGGCGGGCCCAUCCCUGCUGUGCACUCUAUCGUCGUCGCUGAUUCGGAGUUCAACAACUGCAACUAUGGUGUGGUCGUGUCUUUUGAUUACAACACCAUUCCUUACACCGCUGGUACUCUUGUCCUCGACAAUGUCGACUUCACUACCGUCCGAGGUCCCGCUGUCAUGUAUCCCAACCUGACUUCCAUCAUUCCAGGCGGUCAAGUCAUCGACAGCUACAUACAAGGCACGAGGUACAGCAUCUCUGACGAGCUCGGCCCAAGGAAUGGUAGGCAGUGCUAUGGCCCAACAGCAACUCAAGAAAGGAUUCAAGAGACAGUCGCUCCUUUCGCGAAGCCGCCGAGCCUGCUUGAUGCCAAUGGCAAGUGGGUGGAGAGGAAACGUCCUCUCUAUGAGGGCCGGCCUGUUGAAGACUUCAUUUCCAUCCUUGACUACGGUUGCGUGGGCGAUGGAGUCACAGACGACUCAGACUGUGUCCAGAGCUACUUUGACUCCAUCGAUGUCGACACACAAAUUGCAUACGUUGAUCACGCUGCAUAUGUGGUCAGCAAGACUAUCACCAUACCCAACGAUAUCAAGAUUGUAGGUGAGUUCUGGCCUCUAUUCAUGAUAACUGGUCCGCUCUUCCAAGAUGAGUUCAACCCUGUUGUGGCGUUUCGUGUCGGCCAGCCCGGCGACGUUGGUACGACUGAAAUCUGCGAGAUUCUAUUCGAGACAAUUGGACCGACUCCCGGCGCCAUCUUGAUGGAGUGGAACCUGGCAGCGCCUACUCCCGCUGCUGCUGGACUUUGGGAUACUCACUGGCGUAUUGGAGGCUCCAACGGCACUCAACUCGACUACUCCAACUGCCCACGAGACUCGAACAAUGUACACAGUGCAGAUCCCGCCUGCUGGUGUGCUUUCCUCGUCCUCCAUGUCACUGCUUCGGCGAAGAACAUAUUGUUCUCUAACAUCUGGCAAUGGAUAUCGGAUCAUGACCUCGAUUUACUUCCCAACCGCCAGAUUGACAUCUACAACGGACGUGGGUUCCUAAUCGAAUCUCAAGGCCCGAUGUGGGUGUACGGAUCUUCUUCCGAGCACUCUAUGCUCUACAACUACCAGCUCUCCAACGCAAAGAACAUUUACAUGGGCAUGAUCCAGAGUGAAACAGCAUACUUCCAAGCCAACCCCAACGCCCUUGCGUCCUUCACCCCCCAAGAAAGUUGGAACGACCCCUUCUUCAACGAGUGCACUGCCGUUCAAGUCAAUUGCUUCAAAACUGCGGCAAUUCGCAUUUUCAACAGCACGUACAUUUACGUCUACGGCGCCGGAUUAUACAGUUUCUUCAGCAACUACGAUUCGUCGUGCAUUCCGACAACUAGUUGCGAUACCUACAAGGUUAUCAUGGAGCAGAGUGAGGCGGUGCAUAUCUAUGGAUUGAACACUGUUGCGGCAGUGAAUAUGGCCGUCGUUGAYGGUGUGGCGAUUGCGAGGGGUGAUGCGAACGUCAAUACUUUUGCUGAUACUGUGGCGUUGUUUGAGUAUCCUUGA